AUGACGACGAAAGCCACAAACUCACCAGGGAUAUUUUGCUGCUCCCUGCUGCUUUUCUCCUGCCUUGCUGUUUCCACGGUAACCACCGAUAACGAUGUCAAGAAGCCGCCGCCCGCCGGCAAGGCCGCCCAGCGCGACACCCUUUUCCUUCUCACGGGCUACAAAGCGCCGCCGAAGGGGGCGCUCAAGAAGGCGGAGGUGGAGGACACGGCCGAAACGCCCCCCAAGCCCCUGCCUCAGACCAUGUUGCCCAGGAACGUGACUGACGACGCCCUAAAGCCCCCGCUGGGCGCCGCGCAGGUGGCGCCAGCCCCGAGGCAGCUGGUGGACGUGGACGUGUGCAGGGGCUAUUUCGACGUGAUGGGUCACUUCGACAGUACCUUCAACUGCUCCAAGGGAAGUUACAUCUACUGCUGCGGCACGUGCCAUUACCGCUUCUGCUGCGAGCACCAGCGCAACCGUCUGGACCAGGAGUCUUGCACCAACUACAAAUCACCCGAAUGGGCCGACCCGCAGGUGCCAGUCACCGUGCCCGCCGAAGACAAGCCCGACCCGGACUUUGAGACGCUACAACAGCAGAACAGCAGUACUGCAUAUGUAAUCGGCGGCGUGCUUUCCUUCACGCUGGUGGUCGCCGUGGGCGUCCGGAUCGCCUUCAGCAAGGUGGCGCGACGCCCGCGCAACCGAGACGCCAACAUGCCAAGGUCACUGGUGGACAUCCUGCGCCACCAGUCGAGUCCGGUGCAGCACGGCGAGAGGAACAACAUGCUGACCACCUCCGACGGACGCACGGCCAAAAACAUGUAUACGCCCAUCCUGCAGAGCAAGGAUAACCGCAAGCGAGGAGCCCGCAUGAACAACCUCGGCACCCCGCAGCUGUCCUCAGGCCCUAAACUGAUCGCCAGCAGCAGUAGCGGCAAAGGAUUGAGCCUGGGCGGCGGCAUGAGGCACAGCUCCAGCCAGGCGUCCUUCUCGCACUCCUUCCACAACCUGGCGCAGCUGCCACCCUCCUACGAGGCCGCCGUCAAGCCCGAGAUCAGCAGAUACAGCUCCCUCAAGAAGCUCGAGAGAGAGCUGGACGAGUAUUCGGGUUUUUACUCUUCCAAGCGUCGCUCGACCAACGCGCCGCCGACCUUCUACUCGUCACAGCACCACCUGCAUUGGGCCGAUGACUAUGCGGGGGGUUCGUCCCGAGGCACACUGCCGCUGGAGGGCUCCCGGCCUAGGGCGUACGUGCCGCCCUCCACGCCAAACCCCUAUCCGCUGCCGGUGCCGUCGGGCUACAGCUUUGAGCGCCCGCCGCGCCGCGUGCGCUCCCAGGACCAGCUGCUAGCUUUCGGCGAGGGCAACACGUUGGCGCGUCUCCUCGGCAACCAACAGCAGCAGCAGCAUUACAGGAACUUGAUGGGCGCCGGGCCCAGGAGCGCCGCAUCGCAGACGCUGCGCAGGUCCCACGAACGUCUCCUGGUGUCCCCUGACCGUCUGGAGGAUCAGCUGCUAGCCAUGGGUCUGAUGUCAGAGCGGGGCGGCAUGGUUCCCACCAUGGGCCGCCUGAGCCACCACCACAAGACGCAGUCCCAGCAGAACAUCUGCACGCCGCCGUCAGCCGAUCGCCACCACAUGAUCAAGAUGAACUCGCACCCCACUUCGGGCCACGAGCACGGCAACUGGGAUGGGCACCCUGGCGCCCGCCGCGCCGCCUUCGCCGGCAAGCGGCAGAACACCCUGGAGCAGCUCCAUUUCAUCCCGACUGCCGGCCACGCCCACGCCAUGAGGACUGCCAGUAAGAACGAAGUCACCGUCUGA